GGGUUGAUUUUUACAGUGCGAUCAGGAUCACUUUCAAUUACACAUUUGCUAUAUUUCUAUGGAUCGUGUAAAAUGACUUCCUAUAUCUUAUACAGAAAAGUACUUUUAUCAAGGGGGAAACAACUGAUUUAAAUCACCUGAAAAUCAAGAUUAAAUCAUUUGUAAAUCAUGUUAAAUCACUUGAAAAAUUGAUUUUAGAUGAUCUUAAAUCAUCUUUAAAUCAUUUUAAAUCACCUUAA